AUGCUUGUAGGCCUCUUCCCCAAUGAGCAAUCGGCAUGGGGUGAUGCUGGGGACCGCGGCCCUAAGUAUGACGGAGCAUACGGGGUUACUUGCGUUUGGGGGGUAAUAUAUCACAGGAAAGCUUUUGAUCGCUUAUUCCUUCGCAAUACCACCCCUUUCGUAGCCUUUCGACGCUCUUUCAAGACGCGGCAGUUGCCAAUUGAUAUUAUAAACAGUUCAAUGGAUCAUCCAUCGAGGGUAUUGGAGCAGGCGCGAGAGCAUCUCGAGGCUCUCAAGCAAUCCGGCCUUAGCCGUGACGCUUUACUCGCUUUAUUAGAAGAGCAACCGCAACAACAACAGCAACAACAGCAACAACAACAACACCACCAUCAACCGCAGCAACCGCAAAAUCCAAUGGUAACCGAUGCCGCUUUGCCAAAUUUUAGUUACAGAGACAUCAACUCCUUCGGCCAACCCCAUAAACAACGAUCAUCCAUCUCAUCAUCCAGAUCUAGCUGUUCGAGCCGUGACAGCGUCUUCUCUGCAGCAUCCGCACGAAGUUCGAUAUCGUCGACAACGACUGCGGCGACGGAUGCGAAAUUCUGGUGUACAUCCUGCGAUAAGACAUUCAAGAGGAAAUUUGAUUGGAAGCGACACGAGGAAGAAUUCCACGAGCGAUCGCGUAAAUAUCCCUGCCCCAAUUGUAAUCAGAGCUUUUGGGGACCCAACACGUUUAAUCAGCACCACAAAUCAGCGCAUGGCUGCAAGACGUGUCCCCAUGCAGACACCGUCGUGAAGCAUCUGAGAAAGAGGAGGGCAUGGGGAUGCGGGUUUUGCGCUGCGAUGCACGGCAAAUUCGAGAAGCAUAUCGACCAUGUUGCUGCGCAUUUCGAAACCGGGAGCACGAAGGCAGAUUGGCUGCACUCGAAUGUCAUUUAUGGUCUUUUACACCAGCACCUGAUCCACGAAGCGUGGAAAGCGUUGAUUGCGAAGAAGCAGAGCAAGUUUAACGGCCACCAACCCAUGUUCAGUUGGAGUCCCGAAUCGACGGGACGAGCCCAAGGUUUCGUGGAGAAUGAGAAUCCCGGACAACUGCAAGAUCUCCUAGAAUUCUUUGACGGGACCAAGGAGUCCGCUGAAAACAUUGUCGAGAUGGCGUAUACCUGUGUUCACGUCGUAUUCCGGCCGAGGUCAGGGUCCGUUACUCAAAGCUCACCACAAUCGCCCUUCGGCCCGACGUCUCCCACCAACGCAUCCAAACACAUAUCUGUCAUACCAAGGAACCCCUCCGCUCCACGGCGCUCGGCAUCCACAUCCGCGUUACCGGGAGUGGGCCGACACGGCAGACGGACAACGUCCGGUGACUACCCCCAUAAUACCGUCUCCUCUCAAGUGUCGAAUCUGAACUUAGCUAUGCCGCCUGUGCCGAGCCAGCAACAAUCCAUGAUGAAUGCAUACCAAAGCUUCCCGAUGCAGCCAGCUCCGCAACAGCGAUAUGUGCCGCCGUCUAUCACGACGGACAAGGCACUCCCGCCAGCGCCGCUAGCACCGUCACCAACUUCGCCGAUGCAAAUGGAUUUCCCGAUCUUCAACACGGAUGAGGGGUUAUUACCACCGCUCGACCUAUCUUCAGAUGACUGGCGGAGCUUCGCGAGUACGCUAGUCGAGGUUGAAGAGGAGCCGGCUCAUCCUCUGUCUUCCGGCCAGUUCCCUAUGAGUUGGGAGGACUUGGGACAAUUCAACACGAACUCAUGA